GUGAGGGAGCCCGGGGCCGGGGCUGUGGGGCUGUGCGGGGGGCCGGGCCCAUGCCGCGAUGCUGAAGUGUAUGCCGCUCUGGCGGUGUAACCGUCACGUUGAGUGUGUGGAUCGGCGGCACUGCUCAUUGCAGACCGUCCCCGAGGAGAUCUACCGCUACAGCCGCAGUCUGGAGGAGCUGCUCCUGGACGCCAACCAACUGCGGGAGCUGCCCAAGCCCCUCUUUCGAUUGCUGAACCUGCGUAAACUGGGCCUGAGUGACAAUGAGAUCCAGCGCUUGCCCCCGGAGGUGGCCAACUUCAUGCAACUCGUGGAGCUCGACAUCUCCCGCAACGGUAGCUCUCUCCCUCUCUCUCUCUCUGCAGUGAGCUGGUUCCUGUCCAGCCACAACUCCCGAAGAUUUGGCAAGGCUCCGAGUGUGUCUGGCUGA